UGCCAGAUGGAUAGUAGCCGACCAGCCAUCUUCAAUACAGAUCAUUCAGAUCAUCAUACAAACCAACAAAAAUCAUAAUCGAGUACUUCAUCCAAAAUACAAGAACGAGUUGAAGAAGACCUUUCCUCCCGUCGUCACUUUGUGAAUCAAGACCAACGAAUUUCAUACCUCUUCAAUUAACCCUUGUACUGUCUACCUAGGUACCCCAGAAUCACCAGCAUCCCACCGCUUGUCUCAUCCACACUCGUCCCAUAGCACGGCAAAAUCAGCCUACGAGACCGAUACCUGAUGAUUUGCCAGCUCAUGCCCAAUCAUUACGAUUAUGACUGGUGAUGAAAUUUUGCGCAGCAUCAUUCAUUCAUACAUGAAUAAGAAAAGAUCUUCUUCUGUCGUUGUACAAACCAUUUAAUUACUUGAUUCACGAAUAAAAUCCUACGGUACCUUUAUUCGUAUCUACAUACAUACAUAUAUGCUUGCGAUCCGCUCUAUCGAUGCGGACAAAACAGCUAGAGAAAACGAAUGCGAUGCCAAAAUAUAAUAGCCAACAACAACAACAACAACCAUAUCGAUCAUUUUCGACAAAUUGAGGGACUGAGAUAUCGAAAUCAUAUUUUGUGAGUAUGGCGCAGACUCAACCGCAACCGCAGGAGAAUACUCCCAACGUGGGUCCAAAAGAAUUCUAUGGAUAUUUGUUUGAUGAGAAUAAGAGUCCGACGCCAGUGUUAAAUGCGCUAUUGAGAGGAGUCGCGAAUCAUAUUAUAGAGAAUGUGGGAAGUCAAGAAGAUAAAUUUCUCACGCCAGAGAAGUUGGCACUUUUCUAUAAAGCUGUUGGUGGAAAUUAUGAUUCUCUUUUUGUGGAGACGACACAUCCAUCCAUCUCUUGGAUUUAUGCCUCGAUAGGCUGUCAACAUGCAUUAAACCCGACGAAAGAUGAUUUUGCCCCUCCUUCGAUACCAUGUCUCACUGUGCGAGGCUUCGUACGAUGGCAAUCGAUCGAAAUCCUUUUGGGGCCCGAGGAACAUGUGCCAUUCCUCCAAACCGCUGUCCGAGAAUUCGAAAUCAAAAACCCAGAUACGGGGGAGAGAUUCCCAAUUGAUUUGCCAGAGGAAGCGUUUCCUUUGGUACCGGAUGCGGGAAUAGAGGAGUGGCAUCGGACGUGUGCAGAGAAAUUACGUAAACGAGCAACGCCGGAUGAUGAAGAGGAUGCUCCCAUACCAGACCUCCCGCCGAGACCAAAAGUACAAGCAACAUAUGUUCAUGUUCGGCCUUCGCCCAGGAUCCCAGAGCCAACACCAACAAAUGCGGCGCAUCCCCGUAGCGGCUAUUUCGAGCCUUCCACUCGUGAGUCUACCCGUGAGUCUACUCGCGAGCCGCCUCGGGAAUCUACUAGGGAAUCUACGAGGGAAUCUACUAGGGAAUCUACGAGGGAAUCUACCCGUGAGCCUCCCCGUGAAUCUACUACUCGUCGACCCAGUCGACCUAUACCUUACACCCACGUCUCAGCAUCUCGACCUCAACGACCUCCUCUUAACCGAUCACCCACUCAUCGAGUUCGUCAAUUUCUCGCUCCAGAAGAACCAUAUGCACCCCGCAUACCCCGCGGUCGUCAUCGCAGUUUUCCCAAUCUAAGUUCGCCCGUCUCAGAAGACGCUCCCUUCCACGCCCACCCCGCUCCUCCCGUCGAUCCCCAUCAUCCCCAUCAUCAUGUCCCGGUACCGGAUCCUCCCCACCCCGCUCACCCUCGGCGACAUAGUCAUCCGCGACAAUCGCGACACGCACCUAUUGUUUCCGAUUCCUCCGAUUCGUCCAGUGAUACCAGCGUGACUUCCGAUUCAGAAGAUGAUCCUUCGCCGAAAACUCGGACGAUUCCGAUCAAAACGUCGACGAGUGGACGGCACAUACCAAGACAUCCGCACACUGCUUAUAUGUCGCGAAGUGCUGGAGCGGAUAGUCCUCGGGUGUUUGCAUUUCCAUCUACGGCGCCGGGUAGUACGAUGCCGUCUCCGAUUUCGGAUGCGAGGGAAAGAGAGAGGGAGAGGGAGAGACAGAGAGAUAUUGAGGAGAAAGUCAGACGGGGUCAGUAUCCGACUAAUAUUGAUUUGAAUGGGAAAUUGAGCGCGCCGUUCUUGGCGGGGAGGAGGAAGAGAGAGGCGGGGAGAGGAUCGGUUGAUAUUGAUAGGGAGAGGGAGAGGGGAAAGGGAGAGAGAAAAGGGAAGAAGGGUGUGAAGUGGAGGGAUUUGGGGGAUAUUGCGGAGAUGUGGAGGAAUGGGGGGAUGAGAGGGGAGGGUGUCAGUAGUCAUUCUCAUCAUGUGAGUGGAGGGAGUGGUGGAGAAAGUGGGAGAGAGAGUGGAGAAGGGAGAGGGAGUAGGAGACACAGUAGUCGAGAAAAUAGGAGUGAUAGGGAUAGAGAUAGAGAUCGCGAGAGGGAGAGGGAAAGAGAUCGAGAUCGAGAUCGAGACCGAGAUGACAGGGAUAGGGGAGAUAGGGAAAGAGAUUAUAAGAGAAGGGAACGACCUAGGUUACAAACGAGACAUAGUAGUCAUGAGGAAAUUCCCACCAGAAGAAUCAGAACGGAAAGAGCGGAUCGAGACAGAGAUGAUGAAUAUGAAGGGAGGAGUUUCAGAGAAAGAGAUCGAGAGAGAAGAGAAAGGGUUGUGAGUCCUGUGAGGGGAGUAGAUGGGAGGAAAUAUCCGGAUUGGAGAUGA